AUGGGUGUCAGUGUGUCAGACAGACUCAGAAACUGGUUCGUCAAGUUCACAUCGCAAUAUUUGAGACCCUCAAACAGCAUUGAGCUGCUUUUGCUGUCAGAAUGGAACAGAUCAUGGCCCCCCAACCAGCCAUACUAUCUUCAACAACUUGGUCACUUGGUACUCCAGAGACUCCCGGGCUUUGGGUUGUCGCUCAACAUAUAUCACUCAGUUGCAGAUUUUGAAGCUGAUCCAGUACAGAGGGCCACAGACAUUGCCCGUGGCAAAGUUUUCAUGUGGGAAGAACAAGAAGCUUGGAUUAUCAGACACAUAAUGGCGGUGGAAUUACAAAGCAAACCUUGA